AUGUCUACACGCAACCACAAACAUGCUCAGGCUGAGCAAACUCACGAUACAAUGACUGCAGAAGAGAUAGCGGGAACGGAGCCGCCAAACCAGGCUCGACCCGGCGUAGAUCCAGCUUCGCAGAAAAGACCAAACGCAUUCACAGAACUCUUGUCGCGAUCUAAGAAACGAAAGUCUCACAUAACCGCCGACGACUCACCAGGCCUUAAAAGGAAGACUGCGAAAACUUUUAAGAGCAUUGAUCCACGCGAUGGCCUCAUUGUUUACAUCGAGAAGCCAGAGGCAAAUCCCGAGGGAAGAGUAGUAGAAUACGACGACGACUUUGUCGUGAUCAACGACAAGUACCCAAAGGCAAUCGUACAUCUCCUAUUCCUGCCACGCAAACCCGCCUACUACAACCAACAUCCCCUUUCUGCCCUCUCCACAGACCCCGCCUUCCUCGCCCAAGUACGCACCCGCGCCGAGCGCCUCAAACUUCUCGCUGCCUCGGAACUACGACGUCAGUACGGCGACACCAGCAUCUCCGACCAUCCCUACCAAUCCGCCCUCGAAGAAAUGAUGUCCGCACCCGAGCCACCAUCCCCAGAAGAACAAACCGCACGCUUACCACCCGGUCGAGACUGGACAAAAGACAUCGUUAUCGGUGUACAUACUCAUCCUUCGAUGAACCAUCUUCACAUUCACAUCUUUAGUAGGGACAUGCAGUCGCCGUGGAUGAAGCAUAAGAAACAUUAUCUUAGUUUUAACUCGAGUUUCCUAGUGAAAUUGGAUGAGUUCCCGCUUGAAGAGAGCAGUCCGAGAUAUCAUCCGAGUAGCUGGACGAGCUGGGAUAUGAAGUGCUGGCGGUGUGGGGAGAAUUACAAGAAUAAGUUUGCGGCGCUGAAAAAACAUCUUGAUGAAGAGUUUGAGGAGUGGAAGAAGGAGUAG